UGCCCUCUACGUCAUUGAUUCCAGAAUUCUGCGACCGACUGCGAAGGACUCUGUCUCUGAAUGUGAAUGAGGAGGAGGACACAAAGCGGUUGCAUCCCAGUUUUUUCAAUGCAUUGCAUCUACUGCAUCCUGGUCAUGGGAGAGUUCUUAUCAAGGAUCUGAAAAUGAUGGAGGAAUCAAGUCUUCAGCUAUCUUGUCAGACAAUACUAGGCCCACAAUGCUCAGAGAAUGGGAUCACACGCAAUAGUGAGACUCUGGAAGCAUCUGGACCUCAGCAGAACGAGAUGGAUGGGAUAAGCAUUAAAAAGGAGAUAGUAGAUGAAGGAGAUAGUGACCUUGAUGGAAACAGUGGAUCAUCAAGUGGAUCAAGGCUGAAUAAGGAAGAUAGAGGAGUUCUUGGUGGAAACAAUGUAUCAUGUGAAUAUAAGAUGACAGAAUCUACAGGAACUGUGUGUUCACACUGUAAGAAAAUAGAUGGGACAAGCAUUAAAGAGGAGAGAAUAGAUGAAGGAGAUUGUGACCUUGAUGGAAACAGUGGAUCAUGUGAAUGUGAGAUGACAGAAUCUACAGGAACUGUGUGCUCACUCUGUAAGAAGAAACUUGAAUUAAGGGACAAAAAUGUCAAAACGCCUUUUUCUGAAGAACACCAGCUUUUGAAACAUCUAAAAACUCAUGUUGGUAUAUUGAUUUCAGACACGUUCCAGUGUUCAUAUUGUAAGGAGUCAUUUCAGUCUAAUUCUGACCUUGUGAAACAUGAAAGAAUGUGUACUGAGAAGAAUUCUGAUGAAUGCCUUCAAAGCACAAUUUCAUUUGCUACAAUGGAUGGUGAUAGGAUACAUAGUGAACGUACAGGUGAUGUUGAGCCUCAAUUCCCGUGUUUUAAUUGUAAUGAGAUAUUUUCUUCCAUGCAGCACUUAGACAGGCAUGUAGAUGGAGACAAACUUCAAGAUGAUAAAGUAGAGUUUGCUCAAAAACCUUUCCAUUGCUCUAAAUGUGAUAGAAGAUUUCCAUCUGAAUGUGGUCUUGCUAAUCAUAAAAGAAAACAUGAAAAUAGAUCAUAUGAUUGUUCUCACUGUAGCAAAUCUUUUACAUCUACAAAUGAGAGACAAAUGCAUGAAAAAGAGCAUGGAGACAAAGACCCUCUUGAAUGUCAAUAUUGCGGGAAAAAAUGUAGCAAAAGAUUUUUUCUAAAAGAACACAUAAGAACUCACACAAAUGAGAGACCGUAUCAAUGCCAAUACUGUGGCAAAAAAUUCUCUAGAAAAGAUACUUUAAUUUCUCAUAUUAGAAUUCACACAAAUGAGAGACCCCAUCAAUGCAUACAUUGUGACAAGAAAUUCACUAGAAAAGGUAAACUAAAUGCCCACUUAAAAAUUCACGCAAAUGAGAAACCUUAUGAAUGCACAUACUGUGGCAAAAAAUUCAUCCACAAAUGUGCUUUAAAUGUUCAUAUUAGAAUUCAUGCAAAAGAGGAGCCUUAUGAAUGCGCAUUCUGUGGCAAGAAAUUCAAUGCAGAAAUUGAUCUAGAUAGACACAUAGAGAUUCACACAGAAGAGGAGCCUUAUGAAUGCAAACAUUGUGCCAAAAAAUUCAACAGAAAAAGUGAUCUAAGUAGACACUUUAGAAUUCAUGCAGAAGAUAGGAAUUAUGAAUGUACUUACUGUGGCAAGAAAUUCAGCCAAAAAUACCAUCUCAGUUCGCACAUGAGAAAUCAUACAAAAGAGAGACUCUAUCAAUGCCAGUUUUGUGGCAAGAAAUUCUUAUUUAAUAAUCAUCUGAACGUACACAUAAGAAUUCACACAAAAGAAAAACCUUAUCAGUGCCAGUAUUGUGGCAAGGAUUUCAACACAAAAAAUUGUCUAAAUGUUCAUAUUAGAAUUCACACGAAAGAAAGACCUCAUCAAUGUCAACAUUGUGGUGAGAAAUUCAUCACGACUACUAAGCUAAGUCAACACAUCAGAAUAGUUCACACAAAAGAAAAACCUUAUCUGUGUCAGUAUUGUGGCAAGAAAUUCGGUAGCAAGAAGUCUUUGACUCAACACAUAAGAAUUCACACAAAGGAGAAGCCUUAUGAAUGUAAACAUUGUAGCAAGAAAUUCAGUUCAAAAAGUAAUCUAAACGUACAUGAAAGAAUUCACCUGAAAUAGAUGUCAUAUUAAUGUUAAACACUGGAAUGGAAUCCAUACAAAAUUGUGAUUCAAUCUUAUCAGUGUAGGGACAUUUUCAAAAUAAAUCGAUAACAUGAGAGGUUUCCACUGCAUCGGUUUGUGACCAUUUUUUUUUUCAUGCACAACUUCUGAGAUCGAAUUUUUCGAAGCCUUAGAAUUUGGUAACGAAAUUAACCCACAUUAAUAUGUUAUUGCAUGCCAGAUUAAAAAUUGCUCAAAAAUGAAAUGGAAUAGUCGGUAUAGCGGGGGUUUCAUAUUUCAGUGACCCGGGUUUGAUUCCCACUUUGUGCGCUUAUGUCCUUUGGUAAGGCAUAUAAAUCCUCAUUAUCUCGGAGAAGGCGUUAAGACGUUGGUCCUCUGGUUGCUUUCUUUCAAGCAUUCAUGCUUUCUUUGCAAUCGGGUAAAAAAAAAUCACUACCAUUUCAAUAUCAUAGACAAAUCCAAUGCACAUUGUAUUUUUAACCAAAUUUAUAACUCAUUAUUUUACUGUAAUUGAUUAGUCAUGUAAUUUCAUGUUAUUUAUUAUUGAGAUGCUGCUAAUUAUUUCCAUGGAAAAAAACAUUGAAACACAAAAAAGUUUUUAAAAGAGUUUCAGAAGGAUUAUCAUAUGACUGACUGUAUUCUAAAUUCCCCGGUUUUCUGUAACGGUAAAAUAUCUGAAAUAUGGGGCGAACACAGAAUAUCAUGGAGAAAAGGAUAUCUGUGUCAAUAAUUAAAUAUUUACCAAAUACAGCCAAAACAUUCAUAAUAUAGCAGAAUCCUUAUAAAGUUUACUAUUCAACAGCGCUUCAUGUGUAUUCACAUAUCUGUUUAACCCUGAACUUGAAAGAAAACAGAAAUCACUUUACAAUAAAUGGAAAAGCGGGGACUUAAAUAUGUCAAACUUUUUGGGCAGUAAAUUACCAUAUAUGUGUUACGUCACAGAUCAUCCUAUAUCAUCAUACAGCAUGGAGAAUUAUAGUACUACUUUACAUGCCCCCGCAGACGAAGUCCGGAGGGGGCAUUAAGCAUUGCCCCUGUCCGUCUGUCCCCCACUUGGUUUCCGUGCCAUAACUCAAAAAAAUAUUUGAUGGAUUUUAAAAGGUUUUGGUGUGUAGGUAGAUGACACCAAAAUACAGGCUAAGUUGGAAUUCGGAGUCCGCAGGUCAAAGGUCACAGCUCAUUUAGUAUGUGAGUUGGUUUCCAAGGAAUAACUAAAAAAAAUAUUAAAUGGAUUUUAAAAAGUUUUGGUGUGUAGCUACCUACACACCAAAACUAUGACACCAAAAUACAGGCUAAGUUCGAAUUUGGAGUCCACAGCUCAUUAAAUACGUGAGUUGGUUUUUUGCGCAAUAACUAAAAAAAUAUUAAAUGGAAUUUAAAAAAUUUUGGUGUGUAGGUACAUGUAGAUGAUACCAAAAUACAGGCUAAGUUAAAAUUCGGGUCCGCAGGUGAAAGGUCACAAUUCAUUAAAUAUGCAAGUUGGUUUCCGUGCAAUAAUUAAAAAAAUAUUUAACGGAUUAAAAAAAAAUUUGGUGUGUAGGUAGAUGACACCAAAAUACAGGUUAAGUUCAAAUUUGGAGUCCGCAGGUCAAAGAUCAAAGGUCACAGCUCAUUAAAUAUGCGAGUUGUUUCAAAGGUCUAAAUUAUAUCGGAGUCUGCACGAUAUUAAGUUUAAUAUAUUGAAUGAAUUUCCGAUCUCAUUAAGCAGGGGCAUCUGUGUCCUUUGGACACCUCAAAUUUAUAGUUAAAAAUGUGAUUUUGUGUGUUUUUUUUUCUUGUUACUGUUGUAUCAGUGAGUCUUCUAAUGCCAGUAUUAAAGUUAAGUAUUUAUCUAUAUACAAAUUACGUUUAAUGUAUAUGAUUGAUUGCUUGAUUUUAUAUGUCAGGUACAUGUAUAACCCAAGAAAGACAAGGAUACAGUUGGGAAUAUGUACCCUUGAAAGAAAGCCCAUGAAAACCAUUAUGCCUUAUUUUCAGUGAAGUCCUUACUAGAAUAUUUUAAAUCAUGCAUGACCAUAUCCUUUAUCCUAAAUGUUUCUAAAAAAUAAAUUGCCAUUGACAUCUUGAAGACUAUAAUUUCAACUGCUAAAUAUACUGUGCAUACUAGGUUUUUGCAUUGUUCGAAUUGUGUUUUUUAUGUAAUGAGAAGUUCUUGUGGAUAUUUUAUCUUUAAAUUAU